AUCACUGACGUCCCAUCUACAGAGAGGACACUGCCGCACACUGACCGAUGGCUCCUUACAGCGUCAGCCUCAUCCAGAGCCCUGCUAAUGAUCCCCUCACCCGGCAGCCCAGAAAACUGAGGAAACCGGUGAUCGAGAAGAUGAGGAGAGACCGGAUUAACAGCAGCAUUGAGCAGCUGCGCAUCUUACUGGAGAAGGAGUUCCAGAGACAUCAGCUCCCCUCCAAACCUGAGAAAGCCGAUAUCCUGGAGAUGGCGGUCACCUUACUGCAGCGCCACAUGGCGGAGAGAAAUGUCACAGCCUCCAGCCAGGCCCAGAGAGAAGGCUUCUCCACCUGCGUCCAGGACUCCAUCACCUUCCUAUCCCAGCACAAACAGACCGAGCUCCAGAUCCAGCUGCUGCAGAACCUCCCUGGGGCUCACACUAUGACAUACGGGGCUGUAUCUCCUCCUGUAUCCUCCAUCCACCAGACCCCCAGCAAACACAGCCCCCUGGACAGCAGCAAAGCCUUGUGGAGACCCUGGUAGUGACUGGAUCCCCUGGUGUGGACUGAUCUCAGAGCUAUGUACCCCCGUAUACCUGAGAGCUGGAGAUGGGGUGGAUUCUGCCUCUCACUAAUGUCUCAUCAUGAGAUGGAGAAGAAGUUCAUUCUGGACAUGGUGUAAUUACUACGUGAUUUACUAGUCCUUCAUAUUAUCUGCUGUCUGCUGCAGCUCUCCUGUAUGGACUUGGUUCUAUAUUGUUAUAUGAGUCGUUGUCUUCUAUGAAGAAGAUGUCCUAGUCCUAUAUGGAC